CUGAUGUGUGUUGUAUUUAACCAAGCUUCUUCUAAAGAUGAAUCAGUUCAGCAAUAAUGUUAUUGCUGAUCAAACUCAUUUGCUAGAUGAGAAGCUACGCACUGUGAUAUUGAACUGUCUUAUCGACUCCAGAACAAACUUGGCAAUCGCGAAAACAAUUUGUUAUGAUGCCAAUGAUACAAUCAGAAAACUCCAGGCAAUAAGCUUUAACAAUAAUCUUCUCAUUUCAAAUAUCAACUACUAUCUAGAUUUCAUUAAAAACCAACUCAAACUAUUAGAAAAUGUUAUUAAUAUGAUCAGUUUUAAAAUCAAAGAUCGAAUUAUUAAAAAUUUCAAUGCAAACUAUAGUAAAUUAACCAUUUUAAACAAAAAUAUGAAUCAUAUUAUAGACAAUUUAAAGAAUAUUACAAUAGAGAAGAAUCUAAUUGUAGAUUCUAAUGUGUCGAUGGAUCAAAUUGAUAAGAGGUAUGAAAACGACAUCAACAAUACUGGUGAUAAUAGCAAAAAAUUUGACACUUUAUAUGACUUUUUAUCAAUUGAUGAAAAUCUUAACAAUAUGAACUUUAGAUAUAAUCAACUUAAAGAAAACAAAAAAAAAAUAAAAAAUUUAUUGGAAGAAUUGAUUUUCAAUAAAAUCAAUACAAAAUUUAAUGAAUUUAAUAAUGUUUUCAAGAAUAUUGAAAACAAAUUUAAUAUUAUUUAUCAAAUAAUAUUAAUCAAAUUAAACGAUCUUGACAAUAAUUCCACCGAUUUCAUUACUAUCAAUCCCAAUAACAGUAAUAAUAAUAGCAACAACAACAAGAACAACAACAAAAUUGAAACACAAAAUCAAAAUAAUAUCAUAGUAAAUAACGAUAUAAAUCGCACUUACGAAAACGAAAUGGUCAAUUUGUUACAAUCAAUGACCCAUCAUUAUGAUCAAUGUCAAGAAUGUUAUAGAAAUUUAGAAUUAUUUCAAAAAAACGAUAUAUUUAACAUGUCAUUAAACGAAUAUGAAUUACUUGAACUAAUUGAGAUUAUCAGAGCAGAUUCUUUAGAGGUUCCAAACGUUUUACAAGAUCUAAAUGAAUUAUCAAUCAAAAUUAAAAAUGAAAAUAAAUUAGUAGAAAAUAUCAAAAAAGACCAAAAAAUUGAAGAACCAUCAAAUAUCGAUUAUCUCGACAACUUGAUCAACAGCAUAUAUGAUACAAGCAAUAACAAUAACAAUAUUCCUACUGGGAAUAUUCAAACAGAUAGAAUCUCUUUAAAUGAUUUAAAUUCAAAAUUGAAAAUCCUUUUAACUACAGAGAUUAACUCAUUAUCUAAAAAUCUAAUUGAAUUUAACGACAAAGACUUGAAUAAUAAUUUUUUAGUUUUGAUCAAUAAUUUAGAUUCUCAGGAUUUUACCCUUAUUUUGAAUAAAUUGUUAAAUAACGAAAACAGCAAUACUAACAAUGAUAAUAAUACUAACGAUAAUAAUAAUAUUUAUAAUUUAAAGGAAUUAAUUUCAACUCAUUUAUCUUUGAUUUCCUUUUUAUUCAAUUUUAAAAAAUCGUAUUAUUUACUUAUAUUGGAAAUUAGAAGAAGAAUUGACUUGAACAAAAGUUUACAAGAUUUAAUUGAUCAAUUUAUCGACAACAUUAAUUUAAUUGAAAAAGAAGAUUCCACUUUUAAAAACGAUUUUUUAGAUAAGAAUGGUCAGUUUAUCCCAAGUAAUUUAUACUACUAUGGUUAUGUUAACAAUGAGCAACCAGGUUACUCCAAUAAUAACGUCAGUAAUAGUUUGACAUACAGAUUAAAUAACAACAUUAAUGAAAAUUUUGACAAUAAUAAAAAAACUCAGUCAAUAACAAAAUUACCCUAUAUUGAAAUAUACUCUCAAUUUGAACCAUUGCCCGAAUUAUCUGAUGAAAUAGUGAACAUUGCACAAAAUUGUUUGAUUAAACUUGGAGAAGAAGAAAAAAAUCUAAACUUACUUGUUCUACUGUAGUUAUUGAAUUUAGAAAAGAGCGGUAUCUCAAGACUGAAUUGUGUGAUGGAUUCAGUGCAAUGCAGUUUGACAUCGUGUGUGGUGAACAAUUCAGUGGAUUUGUUGGUUUUCAAUCCACCAUAUGUGCCAUCAGCCAACAGCGAGAUUCCCACAAUUAAUGGACAAAGC